AAAAAUAAACUUAAAAAAAUCCAGAUUCCUGGGCUGCAUCUCCAGAGACUGCAAUUCAAUAACUGUAGGUAGUGUCCGGAUAUGCAUUAUAAACAGUCCUAGGAUCACAUUUUACCCCAGAGCCUAUGAGGCAGAGUUGGAAUGCCCCCAGUUGGGGCUUAUUCAAUGCAGCCACAGAACCAACUAGCCCUGUAGCUGGGACUCUAUCAUCGUAAACUUGGGGUUCUCAAGGCACCAAGGAAAGUUCCUGAGAUGCUAGAUUACAUCAGGCUAAGUGGGGAGCUCAAGCUCAGAGUGGGAGAGUUUCUUAGAGUUCCAGACUGACUGGCAAGAUAAAGAGGGGGUCACCAUGAGAGAGAAAGUGAAGUUCACUUGGAACAUGGAUAUCCUGUAUCGACUGUCCAAACUGGGCUGCUGACUGCACAGGCUUAUAAUGGAAAUUCUUCUUGUUAUCCUGAGGAACUUCCCAUUCGGGUGGUCAAGCCAUGUGGAGUUCAGUAAACUACUCAUGAGCUGCCCUUUUCUGGAUUUCACUCUACCUAACUAAAAUGAGCGGUUGGUCCAGGAGACUGCUAAGGUUCCCCCUGGUCUGACUUGUUAGGGUUCUCCACCCCCUGGGGCUUUGCUCCCUUCUUCUUCUUCCUCAUAUAUGAAUGCUUGUGCGGGGGCCAGGUCUGAUUCUCUCACAAACCAUUUACCUAGUAUAAAUAGAGUAGUGCCUACACGUAGUAGGUGCUCGUUAAAUAUUUAUUGCAAGAAUGAAGAACUAUCUAUAAUUGGUCAUGAGAUAAAAUAGUCCCUAUUGGAACAAAGCCCAGAGAGUAAAGCAGAGGCAGGAGCUGAGGUUGUUGGAAUCUCUUGAGCAAGAGAAUUCUCACAAGCCACUGGCCCAGCCAGCUUCAUGGCGGAAAUCUGAUAAUUUCAGAGGCAGCCAUGCUACAUUUCUUUUCCUUUAAACAUAUCUGUCUUAUAAAAGGAAUUUAUGUACAUCAUAGAAAAUUUAUCAAAUUUUAAAAGGUAGAAAAACAUUUUGAAACCACAGCCCAGUGAUUUUUCUUUUCUUUUUGGUACUUUUCUGUACUUUUGGAAUUGGAGGAAAAUGGUACAUGCUAUUUUUUAAAACAUCUGUAAUUCAAAGAUUUUUCAGUGCUUUUCUACGCAUGUCUAACGCAUUUGGAAACCAGACUGUUGAUAUAGUGUCAUAUUGUGAAUUCUCUGCCCACAUGUUCCUUAAAGUCUUAAGCAUCAUUUUAGAUGGCUUUAUGAUAAUAGUACCUUUCUUUAACCACUCCCUCCUUAUGGACAUUUAGGCUGUCUCCUUUAUGCUUGAUAUUACAAGUAUCACAAUGAUAAGCAUUACUGCCUACAAAUUUUUAAUCUGCAUUUUUUUAUUUCCUUAGGAUAGAGUCCCAGAAGUGGAAUUACUCUGUCAAAGAGUAUAAAGCUCUUUAAACUUGAAACGCAGUGCCAAAAUAUUUUGUAGAGAAGUUUUCAUCAGUUUAUGCUGAAAGUCACUAUCUUUCAAUUAGCUUUUUAGCCGCCUCUGCAGAGAAGAGGAGAAACAGCCUUGCAAGCUUCCCAGACGCUGCAAUGCAAGGUGAGAGUACACAGGGGUACUUCUGUAGUUCUGCCUCAGCCGUCCCUCACCGGGAAGGCGCCCGUCUGGUUUCCUAAUUCUUUGAGGUCUUCCUUUCUUAACUCCCCGGAAGAAAAAAAUGGCCCAGGGAUGGAGCAUGUUGGUAGUAAAGGCAGUGAGGGUGGAGGUGGAUCCUUAGGUUUGAGCACAAAGAAGACUUUGUCAACAAGAAUCCAACACUCGGAGAUCCUUCAUGGAAACAUCCGUACAUUCCAACCAAAGUGAUCUUUCACAGACGGGCAGGAUUACGAAAGAGGAGGAGUUGGUGGCGCCUUCCAGCGGGAGAGCUGCGGCGCCUUUAAGGCCCAAUCCGGGACUCGGCCCUUUAAAUCUGUGUCAGUUUCCCCUGACGUCAGCAAGCGGGCCGGCUACCCUGCUGUUUACCGCCUCGCGGCGCCGCACACUCUCCCGAGUUGCGCGCACCGGGGCCGCCACGGCCGCCCGCCCUUAAAGGGCCCGCGCCCCAGAAAACUCGCCGCGCCUCCCGGCGUCCGGUCGCUGCCGCCUGUCACGCUCCUCACCCUCAGACACUCCUCCCUUCCCGGCUGCCCCCGCCGCCGGAUUCCCUCCCUUCCUCCCUCCCCUUUCCCGGCGUCUCCAAGCUCCCAGCAACCAGCCGCCCCCUGGCUCUCGCGGCCCUGGCUGGCCGCCGCAAGGUCUCCGGGCCGCGCUCAGCCCCUCGCGAGCUGACCCGUACCCCACACCCCCACCCCCUCUCCCGCCGCCCCUCCCUGUCGGGCCCCCUGGGAGCGUCUCUGCGGCUCUGGGGAGGGGACGUUUCCUAAUCUCAGGCCGGGGUUAAAGUUCUGGUCCUGGUGCGAUGCUGGAAGCUGCGGCCGGAGCCGCAACCCGUCCCGGAGGUGUCCUGUCGCCUGUCGCCGCCCCCGCCACCACCGCUGCCGCCGCCACCGCCGCCUUGCCGGGGCCAUGUUCGUUCUGGGCUUGCCCUUCUUGGCGUUCUUGGUGGCCUCGGUCGAGAGCCAUCUGUGGGUUCUGGGGCCCAAGAACGUCUCGCAGAAAGAUGCCGAGUUUGAGCGCACCUACGUGGACGAGGUCAACAGCGAGCUGGUCAACAUCUAUACCUUCAACCACACUGUGACCCGAAACCGGACGGAAGGCGUGCGUGUGUCUGUGAAUGUCCUGAACAAGCAGAAGGGGGCUCCUUUGCUGUUUGUGGUCCGCCAGAAGGAGGCUGUGGUGUCCUUCCAGGUGCCCCUAAUCCUGCGAGGGCUGUAUCAGCGAAAGUACCUCUACCAAAAGGUGGAGCGAACGUUGUGUCAGCCCCCCACCAAGAAUGAGUCCGAGGUCCAGUUCUUCUACGUGGAUGUCUCCACCCUGUCACCAGUCAACACCACAUACCAGCUCCGGGUCAGCCGAAUGGACGACUUCGUGCUCAGGACCGGGGAGCAGUUUAGCUUCAAUACCACAGCAGCCCAGCCCCAGUACUUCAAGUACGAGUUCCCAGAGGGAGUGGACUCGGUGAUUGUCAAGGUGACCUCCAACAAGGCCUUCCCCUGCUCAGUCAUCUCCAUCCAGGAUGUCCUGUGCCCUGUCUACGACCUGGACAACAAUGUAGCUUUCAUCGGCAUGUACCAGACUAUGACCAAGAAGGCAGCCAUCACUGUGCAGCGCAAAGACUUCCCCAGCAAUAGCUUUUACGUGGUGGUCGUGGUGAAGACUGAAGACCAGGCCUGUGGGGGUUCCUUGCCUUUCUACCCCUUUGUAGAAGAUGAACCGGUUGAUCAAGGUCACCGCCAAAAAACCCUGUCAGUGGUGGUAUCUCGAGCAGUCACGUCCGAGGCCUAUGUUGGUGGUAUGCUCUUUUGCCUGGGCAUAUUUCUCUCCUUCUACCUGCUGACCAUCCUCCUGGCCUGCUGGGAGAACUGGAGGCAGAGGAAGAAGACGCUUCUGGUGGCCAUGGACCGAGCCUGCCCAGAAAGCGGUAACCCCCGGGUCCUGGCCGAUGCCUUCCCCGGCAGCUCCCCGUAUGAAGGUUAUAACUACGGUUCCUUUGAGAACAGUUCCGGAUCCACCGACGGGCUGGUCGACAGCUCAGGCACUGGAGACCUCUCCUACAGCUACCAGGGGCACGAGUGGUUCAAGCGGCGCCUCCCCUUUGGCCAGAUGCGGCAGCUGUGCAUUGCCAUGGAUCGCUCCCUUGACCCUGUGGGCGCUCGGCCACGCCUGGACUCCAUGAGCUCUGUGGAGGAGGACGACUAUGACACAUUGACCGACAUUGAUUCAGACAAGAACGUCAUUCGCACCAAGCAAUACCUCUAUGUGGCCGACCUGGCACGCAAGGAUAAACGCGUCCUUCGGAAAAAGUACCAGAUCUACUUCUGGAACAUCGCCACCAUCGCUGUCUUCUACGCACUUCCUGUGGUGCAGCUGGUGAUCACCUACCAGACGGUGGUGAAUGUCACAGGGAAUCAGGACAUCUGCUACUACAACUUCCUCUGUGCCCACCCGCUGGGCAACCUCAGCGCCUUCAACAACAUCCUGAGCAACCUGGGGUACAUCCUGCUGGGGCUCUUAUUCCUACUCAUCAUCCUGCAGCGGGAGAUCAACCACAACCGGGCCCUGCUGCGGAAUGACCUCUAUGCCCUGGAAUGUGGGAUCCCGAAACACUUUGGCCUGUUCUAUGCCAUGGGCACAGCCCUGAUGAUGGAGGGGCUGCUUAGUGCCUGCUAUCACGUCUGCCCCAACUAUACCAACUUCCAGUUCGACACGUCGUUCAUGUACAUGAUUGCCGGGCUGUGCAUGCUGAAGCUCUACCAGAAGCGGCACCCGGACAUCAACGCCAGUGCCUACAGCGCCUAUGCCUGCUUGGCCAUCGUCAUCUUCUUCUCCGUGCUGGGCGUGGUCUUUGGCAAAGGGAACACAGCGUUCUGGAUCGUCUUCUCGGUCAUUCACAUCAUUGCCACCCUGCUCCUCAGCACACAGCUCUAUUACAUGGGCCGCUGGAAGCUGGACUCGGGCAUCUGCCGCCGCAUCCUCCACGUGCUCUACACAGAUUGCAUCCGCCAGUGCAGCGGGCCUCUCUACGUGGACCGCAUGGUGCUGCUGGUUAUGGGCAACAUUAUCAACUGGUCACUAGCUGCCUAUGGGCUCAUCAUGCGCCCCAAUGACUUCGCCUCCUACUUGUUGGCCAUUGGCAUCUGCAACCUGCUCCUCUACUUUGCCUUUUACAUCAUCAUGAAGCUCCGCAGCGGGGAACGGAUCAAGCUCAUCCCCCUCCUCUGCAUUGUCUGCACCUCGGUGGUGUGGGGCUUUGCCCUCUUCUUCUUCUUCCAGGGACUCAGCACCUGGCAGAAAACCCCCGCAGAGUCUCGGGAACACAACCGAGACUGCAUCCUCCUGGACUUCUUUGACGACCACGACAUCUGGCACUUCCUCUCCUCCAUUGCCAUGUUCGGGUCGUUCCUGGUGUUGCUGACACUGGACGAUGACCUGGACACCGUGCAGCGGGACAAGAUCUAUGUCUUCUAGUGGGAGCCAGGCCCCUCGCUUUACUCAGGGGGCCCUGAGCUCCUCUGUCUCCCUGCCCAGAGCCCCUGCAGCUCUGGGGGCGUGCAUCCCCGCCCUGCAGCCCAGUGUGGGUAGUGGCGGGACAGCGAGGCCCAAGCUUGGCCCGGGACAGUCACAGCGGUGGGCCUGGCCGCUGCCCUCUGCUGAGAAGGAGGCCUCCUCCCGCAAGACCCCAGAUGUUGGCCACGUGUUGCUGCUUCUCAGUGUUGAGGGCCUCUCAGGGGCCCUGUCCGUUGGCUCUCCGUCUGUUCCUCUGCAGGAGGAAGGAGGAAAGUGUUGCCCUGCCCAGUUCAUGCCUUGCGUUCUGCCAGUCCCUCCCCUCCCCACGAGCCUAUGACUGCGAGCCCUUUCUUCUCCCUGAGUUCCAGUCCAGGGCCCGGUUGGGCCUGAUUCUCUGUCCUGCACCAGGGCCCCAUAGCGCUUUGGGGCCAUACCUGACUGCCAUCACUGCCCAUUCCAGCCAGGAUGAAUGGGCUGUAGGAUUUUGGAGGCUGGCCAGCUGGUGCCACCCUUUUGGUGCUAUGGCCUAAGAGGGGCUUCAGGCAGUGCUGCCUCCUCCCUUUGACCUGUGCUUGGAGCUGGUUCUGUGGUAAUAAGGGUCAGCUCAUGUGUGAGAGUCGCCUUUGAGCUGAGGGACUGAAUUCAAAGGUCACCUGCCUAUCUCGUCAGCCCCCAGACUGAUGUUGGCACCAGGAUCAGAGGGAAAGAUCAGUUUACCCCUUUCCUUCUUUUUCUUUCUAGGCCCUCUCUCCUGCCAAGCCCCCACUGGGGGCCUUUCAGUGCCAUUGACACUGCCCAAGAAUGUCCAGGGGCAGAGGAGUGGGACACAAGGCGCCUAGCUCCUCUUGUCUCCUCAUAGCCGCGGGAGCCCCAGUGCCUAUCUUAGAAGGGGGCUCAGGAAGGGACAUGAUCUUCCUCUCAAUGUCCCUAGUCCAGCCUCACUCUAGGACCUGGGGCUGGCUUCGGUGUUUCCGUCCUGUCUUUGGCCAAGUUUUGUGUUAGUCACACACAUAUACAUGUAUGAAACCUUGAAGUUUACACUGAGCCGCCCCAGCUCUGGGCCCCCUGGCUGCUCUGUCCUUCGAACCCCUUCCCCUACCCGGUUCAUUCCAGAUGCCAAGACUGGGGGAGGGCAGGUCAGGCCUCUGCCUUGGGGAUGGGAGUGUGUCUUAUUCUGCCCAACUUGUUUUUACAGCUCUCCCUUGGGCUGGGGAGAGGAGGUGGAUCUGGAUCCGUUUUCAGAACUCCGUUUAAUGUCUGUUGCCAUGCUAUGGUUGCAUUUCUGUUUUCUAUGAAUGGGUCUGCAUUCAAUUAAAGAAACAACCGGACGCA